AUGUCUCGGGCCGAGCUCCCUCCCCCGCGGUGCCUUCGCCCCUCUGGGCUGCCAAUAAACUGUUACAGCCACCGGAAUUUGCGAGAUUGGGGAGCCGAGCGCUGCCCACGGCGCCUGCGCUUAGGGCCCCGUCCCGCCGAAUCUCGCGCCUGCGCAGUGAGACUGGCGGAUCGGAGCACCAGUGCAUGCAUUGGAACCCGGAGUUCUCCCUGCGCCGCUGAAAAGACGCAUCUGGCCGCCCUGGCGCCGCUGAAGGACGUCCACCUGGGCCUAGCCCCGCCUUGCCGAGGCGCCGCUCGCCUGGCCCUCCUGUCGGGCCACUACCUCUACUAUCACUAUGGUUGCGACGGGCUGGACGACCGGGGCUGGGGCUGUGGCUACCGUACUCUGCAAACGCUGUGCUCGUGGCCAGAGGGCCAGUCUACAGGUGUACCUGGAUUGGUCGCCAUGCAGGCGGCCCUGGAGGACAUGGGCGACAAGCCCCCAGGGUUCCGGGGCUCCCAGAGCUGGAUCGGCUGCGUAGAAGCCAGCCUCUGCCUCGCACACUUCGGAGGGCCCCAGGGGCGCCUGUGCCAUGUGCCCCGUGGAGCAGGGCUUCAAGGGGAGCUGGAGARGCUUUACUCACACUUCACUUCAGGCGGCGGCCCAGUGAUGGUGGGAGGGGAUGUGGAUGCCCAGUCCAAGGCCCUGCUGGGAGUCUGCCUGGGCCCAGGCACCGAAGCCUAUGUCCUGAUACUGGACCCUCACUACUGGGGCACUCCAAAACACCCUAGUGAACUACAGGCUGCCAGGCGGGUUGGCUGGCAAGAGGUAAGCACAGCCUUUGACCCCAACUCCUUCUACAACCUGUGCCUGACCAGACCUAACUCUGACAAGAAUCAGCACACCCUGGACUGAGACUGAUUACAUACAUGUGCUCUUAUUUACUUCCCAGAGGUGUCCCAGCAGAGUGGGACUGUCAGCAUCAAAAAUAAAGUGGCAAGGCCCAGCUAACCUCA